AUUCAACAGAGAGAGACAAGAGACCAGUGGGAAAGACUGGUGACAAUUCAGGAGGUAUGGACAGACCGAGAGACCAUACAAGUAGACAGAAGGCUGCACAAAGGAAGGGGAGCAAGAGAGUAGAAAGUGAAAAAGCCAUAUGUAAUACACAAGCAGUGAGAACAUCCAGUUGCCUAUUUGGAGAUUAGCUAAGCAGUGUCGCAACAGUUACAAUAGUUGUGUUGUGUGAGGAUCUAGACUGCCUUGUUUUUGGUAUAUGUUGUGGAUUGAAGGUGUCAUUCUCAGAUGUACUUACGAUAGGCUCACAUCCUGGAUGACAACCACAGGCGCAACCACAUAGUCACAACACCUGUGCGAGAUUUAUCAGUGGGCCGUCAACGAAAAUCAGAACAGCAGAACUGGAAAGACUUUCACACUUACGGGUGAACCAACUCAUAAAACAUUUUAGAAAAAGGCUCAGUGCUGCUAUCCUUGCAAGAUCGGGUGGUUUUCCUGUUCAACACCUUUCAGAACGUGAAUGUGAAUGAGAACGAGACAGUGCAGGCUGUGGUCUCCAGAAUCCCCCUUGACGUGGCCUUUAUCACCCUCCAGUUCCACACACAGCACAGCAAUGCUACGCUGUCGUACACCAGGAUGCCAGGGCUGGGCCUCUCUCUAACAGCAGUGGACUCAGGCCUUCUCUCACCCCUGAUCCCCGGUCAGACCAAGCUUUCCUGGUUCCUGCUGGCCCCUGAUGGUGACUCUGUGGCCGGCACUGGGGUCAUCCUCCCCUACACCAGCUCUGACCCAGUCCCUGGAGCUUGUAAUCUGGAAUUUGACCUGGACAUUGACCCAAAUAUCUAUCUCCACUACAACCUUUUCGAGACUACUAUCCGCUUUGCACCUGCAAAUAUUGGAUAUUCAAGGGGCUCCAAUCCACCUGCCUGUGACACUGAAGUGGGUGAAAACACUCGCUGGCGCCUGAGGUACGACAUUUACCAGUACUUCCUGCCUGAGAGCGACCUAUCAGAGCAGAGCCUCAUCACCAGCAUCCAGAGUGUGGCCAAUGUGCAGACCACGAGAGAGCAUGGGAAAAGGCUCAUGACACUAUCAUCCAGUGAUAAGACAGAGGUAGUGUUUAGCUCCAUCCCGGGCCAGGGUGUCAUCUACUCUGUCAUAGUCAGAGACCCAGUGCUUAACACCUCUUCCUCGUAUAUCCCUGUCCACACCUACGCCUGCAGCUUCUCCUCCACCCUGGAUGGCUGUGACACUCUGGGGAAGAUAUCCACAAGGAUCUUCUUCACCAUCGCUGGUUUAGCUGGCCUCUUCGUAUGCUUCUUUGGGCACCGCUUCUUCAAAUGUGAGCUAUUCUGUAUGGGCUUUGGCUUUGCAGCGUUUAUUUUUUUUGUCCUGAUCACAAGAACUACAAAACUGGACUAUGACAUCCGCCUGACCCUGACAGCAGUGAUUGGCGUAGUGGGGGGAGUUAUCCUGGUGAUGAGCUGGUGGCGCUUCGGCUCAGUUAUGUCCUGUGUCAUCGUCGUCGGUCUCAUGUUGGGGUUCCUCAUCUCCUCCAUUGUCUUCUUCACGCCUGUCGGUGACAUACAGGUGUUCCGUUCGAAUGUGGUGUUCUGGGUGACGUUCAGCUGCAUCGUGGUGGUGGUGCCGCUCUUCUUUGUCCGCUGGCCAAGAGAGGGUAACAUCACUACGUGUGGUGUAGCUGGAGCCUAUGCUGUGGUGCUGGCUGUGAAUGCUUACAUCUAUACCAGCCUAUCCUACAUCACCCUUAACAUUCUCAAACGCUUCCUCAACGACAACUUCAGCAAGGCCUUUACUGAUGUGCCUUUCCAGGACAUUGAUUUCAUCAUGAUCACAGUGUGGGUGGUUCUGGGUGUGUCUGGUAUCGUGCUACAGCUCUACCGGGAACGCACACGGCCCUUCUUCCCCCCCAGCCCUUACCUCAUGUGGCUGCAAGAGCGGGAGCGCCGCAAGACCAAUGUUCUCGACCCAAGCCACCACACGUCCUCACUCCCUUCCCGUCUCCUCGCCCGUGCCCGACAGCUGACUGGCAGGAGAGAGUCCGCUGGCGAGCGCACACCCCUCCUCCUUUAAACCCACCCAUUCAACUUAGACCCAUUUUACCCAGCCAGGUAGACAGAUUCACCCCACUAGAAGGGUGCUUUUGUGCAUGGGCUCUCUAUCUACAGGGGAAGCACCAUUGCGUUUGGAGUCUUUCUAUUCCAGAUUAUGGAUGUUUUGAUUCCAUUGAUGAUGGUAACAGUCCAUUAAGGUAUUAUUUAUAUAUGCUCUGGGAGGAACUUUGCCACAAAUUGCACACAGAGAAUUUUCAAAGCAUUAUUUUUGAGAAUGAUUUGUUUCACUUCCUCAGUCUUGUGGUAUUUGGCUGCAUUUUCUUAGACGGUACUGAGGAAGCUGUUACCGCUGCCACAUAAUAUUGUGCCAAAAUAGUUGGGCACCCUCUCUCCUAGUACAUCACAGUGCCUUUAAACAACUAGGGUUACAGCAUACCAGUAUGGGCAACAUAUGUGUUUUAAUACCACUGAAUAGCACAAGAAAACAUUUGGAACCUUAAGAUGGAGAUGCAUCAUGCAGCCAGUCAUUUUGAGGUGGCUUUGACAGCAACAUUUGGUAGGUAUUCAUUUUGUGUAAAAGUAAGUAUACUUUGUUUAUCUUAAUAACACUCAAUGAAAUUGGAGGGCAUAUGUCCCCCCAGUUUUAAUGGGUAUGACACCACUGUCGGAGUUCUGGGUAUGCCCAUUUAGGCUCCAAUGGAUGUAAAUUGUUUUUAAUGUUUUGUCAACAUUUUCAAAUGCAAACGGUCACUUUUACACCAUGUUUUGUAAAACUGUAUUUAGAGGCCACUUUUUUUCUUUGCUUUCUACAAAUAUGAACAAUUACAUGUUUAAGAAAUAUGAGAGCUGUUAUAUUGAAAUUGGUUUUGGGGACCCUUUUUGUGAAACAUAGUUGUUGAAUCAAACACUAUUAGAGGUAUGGGUGGGAACUUGCAGCCUAAAAUGUAUCCUCUCUUGAUUUCAUGGACAUAGCACUCUAAAAUCAUAAACCACAAGUGGUAGGUUUAGGUGGAUCCUGAGCACUGAUGUUUAUAGGAAAUGGUGAUAUAGCCAAGCCCUUCAGUAUUUCCUGAAGUGUUAAGCAGUAGCAGGAAAAGCAAAUGACAAGUGCCACAGCCUCUAUUUCUCUGUCAGGUGGCCUAACGCUUCAUUAAAGUGGGCCUGCUGUUUAUGUUCUCUUUUGCCAGCUUUCGUUUGGUAAAGCAUUUCCUGUGUUUCCCCUAUGACUUUUUUUAGCAGUGGUGCAAGGGUUGCUGUAUUGCUAGAUAUUGUAAGCACAAUGUCUUGCCAGCUGUUCCCAUAGACAUCCAAUCAUUUGAGCCAAUGACUAUCCCUUUAAAAGCAUGCCUCGGCAAUUUAUUGCAGCGGUGGGCCACCGCUAAUUGAACCUAGGGGAAACACUGAUUUUAGGGGAGUCCAAUAUGUCUUCUGGGACUUUUCUUUAGGCUUUUUCUCUCUCAUUACCCACCCAGUAUGUGCUUUGGUAUGAAAAGCUGGCUUGAGGCAUUAAUGAUGUGUACAGGAGUUUGCCUGCAGAGUCACAUGACAUGGUUUAUUAAUGCAUUCCAUGAACAAUGUCAGUUUUUCCUCCAAAUGUAAUAUUGAAGCUUGAUUAAGUGGAUAAUUUAAGAGAUUCUUUCCUCUUGUGCAAAACAAGGUAUCCUCAGAUGCAGUGUAAUAUCCCACCAGUGAUUUUGUAAAUCCUCGCCAUUUGCACACGACAGGAUGUUGAAUUAAAAUGUAUUGAUCUUUUAUGAUUAUCACCUGACAGGAUUCAGAUUAGGAUUAGUGUCAAGGAUGAAAGAUUGAAAUGCAAGUAGAAAUGGCCAUUUCUACUUUUCUCAGUUUCCAAACCAAAACACACAGGGGUGAGGCCGACAUUGUAAAGUUAUAGCCAUUCUGUUGAAAUGCCUCACUAGGAAAUGCUUCUGUGCACUAAUAUUACUGAUGAAGCUUUCUUCAAGGUUAAGGUUACCUUUCAGUAUUUUUCACUACAGCUCUUAGGUACUUACCUUGUCAUGUUUUAAAAUGGGCUGUUUGUCUGUGUUUCUGUUUUGUUGUGUGAGAAAUGAUGAUAAAUUGUUUUUCCUAAAUCA